AAUAACUCCGGAUCAGGAUUGGGAUCUGUCAGGUCCCUGAUCCUGCUCUUCUUCGCUAAUAUGUGGCAUUAAUCCUGUUUUUGCCUUGCUUUUGAAAAUGUCGACGGGAGGGGUGGUUUCGGCAGGUAUCUUGCCUUCAUAGAACAGUGCGUGCAUAUUACAGAUGCAGAAUGCGGUGGUGUCCCAGCUCAGCGCUCCAUCUGCUGCGGUGUGUGCGGUUACGGUCAUGUCCCAGGAGAGGAAGGAACACACUGCCAUUGUGGAUUAGGGAAAUAUGGGCUUACAUGAGACUGCUGGUGCAGUCCUUUUACUUUAACUCUCUCACAGACUCAGAUGUGGUUUUCGACUCAGUCUUUGAACCAGUGUUUUGGACUGUGGAUUAUGUCACCCGCUGGUUUGGCACGCUGUUUGUUUGGCUGGUGGUGAUACUGGUGAGCUCCAUCUUAGUGAUCUGCUAUGUGAUCCUACUGCCUAUGGUCCUCAAAACAUACUCCCCUGAAGGGAUUGCUUGGCACCUUUGUUAUGGACAUUGGAACCUCGUCAUGAUUGUUUUCCAUUACUACAAGGCCACCACGACUUCCCCUGGGUACCCCCCUACAGAAAAAAAUGACAGUCCAUUUGUAUCAGUCUGCAAAAGAUGCAUCAUGCCCAAACCAGCAAGAACACACCACUGUGGUAUCUGUAACAGGUGCAUUCUGAGAAUGGACCAUCAUUGUCCCUGGCUGAAUAACUGUGUGGGCCAUUUAAACCACCGUUACUUCUUCUCCUUCUGCGUCGCCUUGACCUUGGGCUGUGUCUACUGUAGCAUCAGUGGCAGAGACCUGUUCCUAGACGCAUACAAUGCUAUUGAGAGCUUUAAGCAUUUGGAUGUGGUAAAGCCAGGGGUACCAGUAACAGGGAUGGGAGUUCUCAUUGGGCUUCUCCCCCCUGGCCAGACCAACUAUCAGACACCUGCACCUCCGUACACCUUUAAGGACAAGAUGAUUCAUAAGAGCAUCAUCUACAUGUGGGUGCUUACCAGCACUGUGGCAGUGGCCCUGGGAGCUCUGACCAUAUGGCAUGCAGUUCUAAUAACCAGAGGAGAGACCAGCAUCGAAAGACACAUUAACAGCAAAGAAAGAAAGCGACUGGCAAAACGAGGACGGGUUUACAGAAACCCUUUCGACUAUGGCAGGCUAAAUAACUGGAAAUACUUCCUUGGGGUGGAGAAGAAAAGUCACUGGUUGACGCGUGUUCUCCUUCCCUCUGGACACACCCCACCUGGUGAUGGUUUGACAUGGGACGCCUUCCCAGUUAAAAAGGACUUAAUACCUGUAUGACAGACUCUACUCAGGCAUACUUGUAGCCUAAUUUCAGCAGUCUUUGCUGUGUCCAACCUACUCUGGUCAUUUGUUUUGGUUGGCUUAAAGGAUCCUAGCGUGGUGGCUCCACACAGCUGAAGAAAUGGGGUCAUGCCAACCGUCAAUACCUCAAAAACUCGCAGUGGCAUUGCUCAUGGUUUGACGGUCUACAUUUUUCACCAGUGAAAAGGCAAUAUGUCAAGGAUAUUUUGUUCUCUGCUGGGUUUUAUUUAGUCAUACAAACUCUUACUUGACUCUUGAGCAUUGUGAAAACUGCAGUACCAUGAUAAUGUGUUAUUUAUCUGUAUUUUGUACUUACUACGUCCUUACUUAAUAAAUCUUUAUAAAUUGCUUUAUUUAAA